AUGAAAGAAGGGGUUUCAGAACAUGGCCCAGGAACUGUUUCAGACUAUUGUGUCCAGGACUCCGGGAAUUUAGGACCCCACCAAGAUAACACGCCUCUCAUGGAUCCCAAGGGCUCAAAGCAGCCACAGGAAGUGCCAAGCUUCUUGAGCUUCUCACAACCAAACCUAAACCCAAACACCACCACCACCACCACCACCACCACCACCAACAUGGGUGAGAACAAGCCAGCAGAGAUCAAAGACUUCCAGAUUGUGAUUGCAGAUAAAGAUGAAGGCAAGAAACAGCAAUUAGCCCCCAAGAGAAGCUCAAACAAAGACAGGCACACCAAAGUCGAAGGCAGAGGAAGGAGAAUAAGGAUGCCAGCUCUCUGUGCUGCGAGAAUUUUUCAAUUGACAAGAGAAUUGGGUCACAAAUCUGAUGGUGAGACCAUUCAGUGGCUGUUACAACAGGCUGAGCCUUCCAUAAUCGCGGCCACGGGGACUGGGACCAUGCCGGCUUCAGCCUUCGCAGCAACAGGGGGCUCUGUUUCACAGCAGGGGUGCUCUCUAUCAGCUGGAUUGCAUCAGAAGAUCGAUGAAUUGGGUGCACAUAUGGGAGGGUCAGGCGGUGGUAGUAGUAGUAGGACCAGUUGGCCAAUGGUUGGUGGGAAUUUGGGGAGACCCCAUAUGGCCACAGCAUCAGGGCUAUGGCCCCCUACUGCUUCUGUGGUCAGUGGUUUUGGGUUUCAGUCAUCAUCAUCAUCGUCUGGUCCAUCAACAACCAAUUUGGGCAAUGAAAGUUCUAAUUACUUCCAAAAAAUUGGGUUUCCUGGGUUUGACUUGCCAGCCACUAAUCUGGGUCCUAUGAGUUUUACCUCAAUUUUGGGUGCUGGUAAUCAACAACUUCCAGGAUUGGAGCUUGGGCUCUCACAAGAUGGCCAUAUUGGGGUUUUGAAUCCUCAAGCCUUUAGCCAGAUUUACCAGCAGAUCGGGCAGGCUAGAAUGCAACAGCAACAGCAGCAGCAACAACAACAACAACAACAACAACAACAACAACAACAACAUCAGCAGCAUCAACAUCAACAUCAACAUCAGCAUCAGCAGCAACCAUCUUCCAAGGAUGAUUCCCAAGAGUCCGAAGAGUAGACUAUUUAGGUAUUAUAUUCAAUAUUUGGGAAGAGAAUGAAAGUAAGUUUCAAUUUUGAGAAGCUGGGAUUUUGGGUAAAUGGUUUCUGUGUUGUACAAUUGCAAAAGCGAAGGGAGGGAGAGAGAGAGAGAGAAGGUGAGAAUUCAGUAGGUACUGGAGGCCCCAUCUUCUGCUGUCCACCACAGCUGCAUCCAAGUCUCCAAAUACAGGUGCUUCGGGUGGAACUGUGCAGGGCCAAAUAGUUUGGAAUUGGGCUUCAGUUCUUGUUUAUUUUCAAAGGUGUGGUAAUUAUAGUGUGAGGCAAUCCUAUAUUUAUUUUCUUCUCUUUGGUCUGGAUGGCGUGCUGAUGAGCUUCUUUAUGGAAAUAAACUCAGAUUUAUAUGUCAUGCUUGAUCUAUUUUCACUUGGAUUCAGUCAGGAUGGUAAUUUAUCAGAGAAAUUUUUCUGUUGGGGCACCAAGAGAACUGCUCAUUGUUCACAUCUGAUAGUCUGCUCAUUGUUCACUUUUUUCUGUGUUUGUGACUGCGUUAUGCAUACAAAUUGUCCACUGACUACCACAUCUGCAUGCUACAGCUUUUGAUCAAUUGCAUUUUUUUCCCCAAAUUUGGAUAUUUAAACCCACCGCUUUCUUACUGAAUGAUCUAUGUCUGCUUCAUAGUCUAGGAAUUUUAACAAAUUUGAGUGGCAUAACUUGUCUUGGUCCGAGUGGGGAAUCCAAACAAAUUUCUCUUCUGCA